AGUGAAUAGAUGGAAUCGCAAAUCUGGAGGGUGCAACAAGAAUCUUGUAAAAACAUUGGGGAUUACAAUUCUACAUACAUCAAUUACCACCCAUUAAGUGCCUACGACUUUGGAGAGGAUGAUUUGCCACAAGAGUUUUCACAUGAUCUUCUUCCUGAGUACUCCCAGUAUACCUAUCCUGCAUAUCUAAACACAGAAUCUGCUAGUGAGUUGGCUUGCCCAAAGUUUGUUGGAGAGUCUUCCUCCACUUCAAAGCACCCUGUAUUUGCUAUAAAAUGGAUGCAACAUGGAAGAAAGCUUAUCACAGGACAUACAAAUGGAGAAAUCCAUGUUUGGAAUGGUGUCACACUGAAUUUCGACACCGUUAAUUCGCUCCAUGAAGACGGUAUCAAGGUCAUGAAGUGGGCCAAGGAUCAUGAAUGGCUCAUAACUGCAGAUAAAAAGGGAUGAAUUCAUUAUUGGACAACCGAUCUAAACACGAUCGCAAAACAUCAGGCUCAUACAAGUCAAGUGAGAGACCUUGAUUUCUCUUCUUCAUACGGUAAAUUCGCCUCUUGAAGUGAUGACAGAAUUGUGAAGAUAUUUGACUUCGGAACUUUCAAGCCAGAACUCCAAUUCGAAGGCCAUCGUUCAGACGUCAAGACAUGUGCUUGGCAUCCAUAUGAGUCCAUGAUAGUGUCUGCUGGUAGAGACUCUGAAAUUAAGUUCUGGGAUCCUAAAUCAGGGAAGGAGGUAUACACGAUUCAGUCACAUUAUAAUGCUAUUAACAAGGUACGCUGGAAUAAGAACGGUAAUUGGCUCCUGAGUGGAUCUAAAGAUACCUCGAUCAAGAUCUACGAUGUCAGAGUCAUGAAAGAUUUCAGAACUUUCCAGGCUCAUGAAGAUGAAAUUAAUGCACUUGAAUGGCAUCCAGACUGCGAAGAGCUCUUUGUCAGUGGAGGAGGUGAUGGAAUGGUAGUAUUCUGGAUGGCAAAUGAAGAUGAAGCUUACUAUAAAAUUGAUAAAGCACAUUACGGAGCAUGCUGGGACCUUGCUUGGCACCCUAUGGGAAACUGCCUAGCAACUGCAGGCAAUGAUACCUUCUUACAACUCUGGGCAAGACCAAAGCCUGGUGAAGGACUUGAAGACCCAAAAAUUAGGCUUGAUGAACGGGUUGCCGAAAUGAACCAAGCAAAGCCUGCUGGUAUGUAUGGAGGAUCUAAACUAUUUGCUGAUAAGAGCUACAUCAGUCAUAAGAAAGCCCAGUCGUUGGCUAAGAGUAAAGAGAAUAUCCAAAGAGGUUCUAAAAGAAUGUAGCUCUUGUAAUACAUG